CGCAUCUAUUGUGAGCUACUUGCCGGUCCACCAAACAGAAGGAGUCAGUCUUGGUUCUGCGUUUGAAGAUCGUUCGUCCGUGUGUUAUUUCUCCUCAGCACGAUGGCCACUAGCAGGUUUGCCGAUAUCCAGCAGGCGCCUCCUAUUGAGGUGUUCCAUGUGAUGAAGGCUUUUUCUGACAGCACUCACGAGAAGAAGGUUAACUUGAGUGUUGGAGCAUACAGGACAGAUGAGGCUAAGCCAUGGGUUCUGCCUGUGGUGAGGAAGGUAGAGGCAGAACUUGCUGCAGACAUGACUCUCAACCACGAGUACCUGCCGAUCCUUGGUCUGGAGUCCUUUAGCACCGCUGCUGCCAAGAUGCUUCUCGGAGCAACUCAUCCAGCUAUCGCAGAAGGCAGGAUGACCUCGGUGCAGGUGCUCUCAGGCACUGGAGGACUGCGUAUUGCUGCUGAGUUCCUCCACAGAAUACUCAAGUACAAUACCUUCUAUUUCUCAACACCAACCUGGGGCAACCACCGCUUGAUCUUUACCCAAGCUGGCUUUACUGAUGUCAAGCAGUACCGUUACUGGGAUGGAAAAACCAAGGGCCUUGACUUCGAUGGGAUGAUUGAGGACCUCCAAAAUGCCCCUGAGAACUCUGUAGUGAUCCUCCAUGCCUGUGCCCACAAUCCUACAGGAGUGGAUCCCACGCAGGACCAGUGGAAGAAGAUUGCUGAUGUCAUGGAGGAGAGGAAGCUGUUCCCCUUGUUUGACUCUGCUUACCAAGGAUUUGCUUCUGGAGACCUUGACAAAGAUGCAUGGGCUGUCCGUCUCUUUGCUGAACGUGGAUUCGAGAUGAUCGCUACUCAAUCCUUCUCUAAGAACUUUGGCCUGUACAAUGAACGUAUUGGCAACCUGAUGAUUAUCGUGAAGGAUCCCUCUGUGAUUAUCCCCAUGAGAUCCCAGAUCACACUGCUUGUCCGAGGCUCAUACUCUAAUCCUCCAAGCCACGGUGCAAGGAUUGUUUCCAGAGUUCUCAAUGACGAGGCCCUGUUUGGAGAAUGGAAAGAAUGUAUCAAGAUCAUGAGUGGCCGAAUUAUUGAAAUGCGAAAGGGGCUGCAGGAACGUUUGGAGAAAUUGGGAACACCUGGAACCUGGAACCACAUCACUGCUCAGAUUGGCAUGUUCUCAUUCACAGGCCUUUCAGCUGAGCAAUCUAAGUACCUAGCAGAGAAAUACCACAUUUAUUUAUUGUCCAGUGGCAGAAUUAACAUGUGUGGUUUGACAACAGGCAACAUUGAUUAUGUUGCAGAAGCAAUUAAUGAUGCAGUCUGCAAUGUUAAGGCUUAAGAACAAGAGAUAAGAGAAAUUGAAAACAGAUGCUUGCGUGAAAUCAGGGAAGACCUUCAUGCUUAACAAGUGCAGUAUUUGAUACAGGGAAGACUGAUCAUUGCAUACCAUUUUGCAGUGAAAAGUAGGAUUUCCUCAGUUGAUAGCUUUGUAAAGAAAUGAAAAGAAGCAAUAGCAAUACGUUUUGGCAAGGAGGGCUCAAAAGCUUGUAGCCUGUUUUCUAGGUAUACCAUGGACUGGAUUCUAAAAUAUCACCAAAGUAUUGAAAUUCAGACCUGAGAUUGGUAUGAAUAUCAAAUACUUCUUUGGAUCCAGCUGCUCAGAAAUUUAGACUUAACAUAGUCGGUAUUGAUAUUAUAUUGUAAUAAUUAAAUUUGUUAACUAAUUGUGUCUGUGAUAGUGGAAACUGUUAGAAUUGUUAAUGCUGAUUUUGUUAAGUUCAUAUGAUACAUACUUUACAGGUAUGACUUGAUAAGCAUUUGUUAAAACUCCUUACCAUGAGUUGUACAUUAGUUUUACUUGAGAUAGUGUGCAACCAGUAGUAGAUGCACUGUAUUUAUUUUCAUUUAGCAUAUUGAAGUGGCAUUAGAGAAUCCUCUCGCAGUAAAUCCUAGUAGAGUGUAAAAAUCUGUUAAUGAUAUUUUCUGAACAUGUAGGUUUGGAAACCACUUUCAAAAGAGCAAAUUAUGUAAUCAUUAAUACCAUCUGAGUUGAGUAGUUUCACCAACAAAUUUCUAGCAGCACUGUCACUUCCUCAAAUUGGUUAUUUGUGCUACACCAUAAUCCUUGCAGAAACACCGAUGUAGGGACCACCUUUUGCAUUAUUGACAAAAGUAUUUAUUAACUGUGAGUAAGCAUUUAUUUAUGGAUGAUGCAUCUAGGUUUUGAUAUGUUGUUAAAGUUUUUUAUACUACUUACCUCAUUCAAAGAGACUGCACACCAGCAAGUAUUUUUGCACUGCAGUUCUGAAAAGCCCAAUGCAUUUUUUAUUGAUAUUACUAUGCAGUAACCCAUUUUGUAUAAAAGACUGUUAGCAACUACAGCACAAGAGGGUGAUCCAGAUUUGUAUAUUGUUUACUCAGGCAUUAAUGUAAACAAACGCAUAAUUUUCUGUUUAAUUCCAUGAAAUGGAAUGGACACCCAUACAGUAUUUAAAUUUGACCAUACAGCCCCUCAGAAGGUUUGUUCAAAUACUCAUUUUUGGUCAAGUUUUAAAUUUGUUAAAUGAUAGUGUAAUCAAGAAUUCUUCAGAUUUUACAAUAUUCAAAAUGACUUUAUUUGAAGUUAACAUGUAAUUUGUCAUAAACAAGUACAUGAAAUGAUUGAUAUUGUACUAAAGAAUUCUCUUAAUUUUUUUAUAUAUAUUAAACAAGACCUAGCAUGAAUUUACUAUAUAACUUGUUUUAUAAACAAGUAGCUGAAAUGGACUUGAAAAAUAGGGACGUUAUUAUUUAUCGUCAUCUUUAUUGCAGGAAACCAUAUAUAUGGGAGGUAGAUAUGAUAUUAAAAAUGUUUUAUAAAACCCAGUGAGAAAAGGAUAGUCAUAUGAAGAAAUGUAAUGCAGUUAUGACUUUAAAGUGUAAUUCAGGAGGAUUUCUAAAAAUAGCGACUUUAACUUUUGUAAUAUUUUUGAUAUAUUUUGAUAUAUCAGUAUUUGUUUCCAGUUUUAUUUAUUUAAGUAUUUUUUUUUUUACAAAGCAAAAAGAAAGAGGAUGCACAGGCUUUUAUGUAUGUCAUCUACAGCUGGGUGGAUACAGAGGUGCUUUUUGCAAAUGUAGGGUUGAGCUUAAUGCAGAGUGUGCUAUCAGUUGCUUGAGCCUGACCUGAAAGAAUACCAAUGCACCAGCUUUUAAAGGGUUAGGGAUUAUGGCACAUCACCGGAAAGAGUUUUGUAGUAAUUGUACAUAAGACAGUAUACAAGUCUGUUACAUGAACUUUUUGUUAUUUGAUGACAAUGAGAAGAGAUAUGAAUAUAUAUAUAUAAAUAAAAUAUGUGAAUAAAGUU